UGGCGUCCCCGGGGCGCCUCCGAGCGCGGCGGGCGGCGCCGCGCGGGGAGCCGAGGGCGGAGCGGCCGCCGGGAGGGGGCCCGGUGAGUGCGGGGGGGGGGCGGCCGGGAGCGCGGGGCGGGGCGGCCCCGCUGAGCGUCUGCCCGCAGCGCCCGUCUCGGCCGCGGCGCCGCCCGAAGGAGCGAUGUCGAACGGCGUGUACGUGCCGCCCGGAGCCGCCAACGGGGAGGUGAAGCCGGUGGUGUCCGGCACGCCGCUCGUGGACUUCCUGCUGCAGCUGGAGGAUUACACGCCCACGAUCCCGGACGCCGUCACCGGGUAUUACCUGAACAGAGCGGGAUUCGAGGCCUCCGACCCGCGCAUCAUCCGCCUGAUCUCGUUGGCCGCGCAGAAAUUCAUCUCUGAUAUCGCCAACGAUGCGCUGCAGCACUGCAAGAUGAAGGGGACGGCCUCGGGGAGCUCCCGCAAUAAGAGCAAGGACAAGAAGUACACGCUGACCAUGGAGGACCUGACGCCCGCCCUCGCAGAGUACGGCAUCAAUGUGAAGAAGCCCCACUACUUCACGUGAAGCCAGGAGCUGUUGCUGGGAACUUUUUUAGGGUUUGCUUCUGCACCAUUAAACCACUGCGUAGGUUUU